AUCUCCAAAGUCGUAUUACAAUAGUAUAAAUAGUUGAUAUAUCUUUGUAAAGUACUUAAUAAUGGUUAUUAAAUAAAUGGUUAUUUAUUACCAGAUCAAAGUAGGCAUAAAAAUAAAAUAUGAAAUUGACAUAUUUCCAAAAAGGAAACCAAAUUCCAAAACAUUUAAGUAUGAGCUAGAUACCUGAAUGGUGUCACAAAACAAUAAAGCUCGAAAAUUUCCUUUUGGUAAUCAUUAUGAACAACACCUCGGAUAAAAACGAUGAUAGCAACCAUUUCUUGGACGAAAAGGAGGUUACGAAUGACAGUCAAGUACUAAAAUAUAUUGAAAACCUUGAAGAUAUCUGCAAAACAAACAACUCUUUGAGCUCACAAUUUCGCAUAGCCUCAAGUCAAGUGGUAGAACAAAAAGGUCAAGCGAUGAAUUACCGAGAUAACAACUAUGGAGAAUAUCCAGUUUGCUCCCCGACUUGUAGUUGGCAAUCGUCUGACACGAAUGGAGAGAACUUGAAUCCCAGAGUUGCUUGUGGACAAGGUUAUUUGGAGUCUACAUCCUCUUCGUCCAGUAAAAUGUCCCAAAACGGGAGCUAUUACAGCUAUGGGCAAUCUCUGCCAGAGCUUGAUUCCGCAUCGAAUGAGACCAUUGUCAAUGAACCCAGGACGGACUCUGGCUGUGUAGGUCCUGGCUGCGCCAAGGAUUCCUGUACAUAUUGCCAGAAGGCAAAUAGUGGCCUGGAGCAGCAGUUUAAUCUUGGCCAGGAGCAGCAACAUAUGAUGCCAGUGCCGAUGGGCGUGGAUCCAAGGACGGGAUUACCCGUAUACUGUUACUCGACUCCAGUAUGUUAUUCAGGAAAUGCGAUGUACUCCAUGCCAAACAUGCCAAUGCCUCAAAGUCAACGAGGCGGUGGUGGCCACCAAAACGAGGAAAUCGGCAACCCAUUUAAAGCUUCAUCAUCUUUCUCAGAAAACGGUCCCUCCUCUUACCACAAUCCAAGCGGUUUUGACAUGGAAGCCUUCAUGCAGAAGUACCAGCAAAGUGUUCAACAGUGUUACGCCACUGCCCAACAAAGUUUAAUUUCUCAAAGUACAGGAUCUCAACAAUCCUAUGCAACUGGUCAAUCUCAGCCGUAUUUUAACCACUUUCCUCAAAGAACUCAACAACAUUAUAUGCAGCCCAAAGAAGGUACUCACCAAAUUUUUGCAAGUUCAAAUCAAGCAGCAACUCAACAAUUUUAUGAAAGCCCGAAUCUAGAAUAUCAGCAGAUUUCAGGAGAGCAACAAGCUUUUAGUUCCCCUUUUGGGGCUCAACAAUAUUAUGCCAACUCUAGUCUAGGAGCUCAACAGUACUUCUCCCCAUCGAUGACAAUGCCAGCAACUAACUUCUUUGGUAACAAUACUGGCUUUACGAGCGAUUCUCUGCAGACGCAUACAGUUUAUUCCUCUGAUUACAAGCCAUUUGCCUGCGGAGGCAAUCAUUUCAACCACUUUCCCAAUGGCAUAGACAUCGGCUUGGCCGCCGAGUCUUGUCCCGUCUACGGUCCAGUUGGAACCGCUGGCCUGGCUGAGAUGAGCACCGGUGGCCAGGUCUAUGGCAUGGGCGGUGUCUGUGAAAUGAAUAUGAACUCCUACCCUCAAAGUCAAAUGAGUUAUUCAAAUCCAUAUAGCUACGAGAUGCCUGUAUCCCCGCCCAGCUAUAAUCAUGCAACAAAUAUGGCAAUGGCAACUCAUCUUCUUCAUGACAGUAUGAAUGGUAGAAGUCCAGUUUUAUCUGCAGUGUAAUCUCAUCGAAGAACCAAAAAAAGCUUGCUUGUGGAAAAAAAACUAUAUGCGUGUUCACCAAUAUAAUUAUAAAUAAAACCACAACUAAGAAAAGA